AACUUCCAGAAGAAGUACAACAUAAAGCAUGGAAGAGAAGAAGAAAGAGGAGAAAACAGAAGAGGAUCUUACAGAACCUAGCUCAGCUUUUUUCGAAUCCGUACUAGAAUUUGAAAUUCAGAUAAAAGAAGAAACAAUUGAUCAAGUUUUGACUGAUUUGAAACAAGUGGAAGAAAAGAACAAAGAAUAUCAUGAAAGAAAUGACCGUCUGAAGGAUGAACAACAGGCACGCAUCAGGCGUAUCUUAAGAAAGCUAGAAGAGAAGGAGAAAGAACAAGACCAAAAGGAGAUUGUAACUAGGGAUGACGUUGAAGAGUCACUGAAAGCAAAAUGGCAGUAUGUUAAGGACAAGGAACAACUUCUGAAAGAUCUGCGCUUCCAGAUAGAAGAAACAGACCAAAAGCUCUUAGUAAAGCGGGCCGAGAGAGAUUAUUGGUUGGAGUACAAAGAUGUAGGAAGUAAAACACAGGCCAGCAAGAUUGAGAAUCUGGAAAAAGACAUCAAGGAAGUUAAAGAUGACUUUCACAGGGCUAGAGAAUAUUAUACAAAUGCUUUGAAAACAGUAGAAGAAAAAAAGGACAGACUGGUUGAGACACAAGUGAAGAAAAGUAAAGAACAGGCCCCUGAGAACGCUGUAAAACACAUAGACAAAAGCAGUUGCAGGGACCUUGAAGAAAAUGAAUGGCUAAAAGAAGAGGUGAAAAUAUACCAAAAGGAGAUAAGUGAUCUGAAAGCCUCUAUUUACCUCCUGGAAGAAGAAAAUAUAGGUCUAGUGAUGAAACUGCUUGAUCUCAGACUUCAGAAUCUGAGAGUACCCAGGCAUUUGUUUCUUACCCAGGCAGCUGGCUUGCAAGAUGAAUUACCUACAGAUGGAAUGAAAGGAUUAGAAAAUAGUGAACAUGAAGCAAAGACAGAUGGAGAUGAAAGUCUCAGAAACGUCUCAGUCCCCCAUCAAAAAGAAAAAGCCUUUUCAACGUUUCCAUCUGAAACUGAGAAUGAGCAGUCUCAAGAGAGCUAUGACAAGCUGUGGGAAAACUCAUUCACUCCAACUCUUAAUAGCUUGUUGUAUGAAGAUGAAAAAGAUUUCCAGGAAUACUUAAAAUUGGGUCCUCUGGAGACAAAGCUAAUGUGUGUGGUUGGAAGAGCCAUGCCUAUUCAUAAAGAAUCACAAGAAAUGCCAAGCAAGAGCCACUUUGAAGAUGGUUUUAUCAGUAAAUCAGACAGGCACAUCACAGCUCGGAUGAUCAAAUCUUUAUCUAAGGAAAAGGUUGGUUAA